AUGGCGGCAGUGGGCGGAGCUUCAUUAACGUGUUUCUUCCUGUUGCUGCCGGCUGUGAUUGGGCUGCAGUCAGGUGACAGGAAGUGUGUGUUCACUGAUAAGGAGCUGGGGGCGGAGCCUCGUGGCGAACAGACCAAUGAGCUGCGAGGGACGCUGCAGGACAACGAUACGAUUCGCUGCAGCCGCAACUCCUACUGCUAUGCAUUAUGGGAAAAAAGACCAGAUGGAGAAAUACACCCGAUAAAGCAAGGAUGCUGGACCCACCUUGGCGACCAGCAGGAGUGCCAUAGCGACCGUUGCCUAGUAACAGCGCUGCCCUCUCAGAUGCAGAACGCUAGUUUCCGUUUCUGCUGCUGCAGCCGUGACCUUUGCAACGCCCCCCUGCCCGAGGCCCCGCCCACCGCCCCCCCCCUCAGGCUGUUACGUGUGUGAUGUCACAGCGAUAUUAACCAAUGACAUCGUCCCACAGAUCAGCCGCUGCAGCGGGAGGAGACCGUGCUCGUCACCCUGGUAACUGUUGCCAUAGCAACCAUCCUCAUCAUGGCUCUGUUCCUGGGAUACCGCAUGAUGAAAGGGAAACAGAAACAGAGUCUUUCUGCUGUUGACGUGAUGGAGGCUCACAGAGAACCUGCUGUAGACCUGGACCACCUGAAACUGCUGGAGCCGAUUGGUGACGGUCACUAUGGUAACGUGUUUCGUGGACGUCUCGGCGAGCGCUGCGUGGCCGUUAAAGUCUUCGGCUCGGCUCACCGUCAGAACUACGUCACCGAGCGCUCCGCCUACUUCCUGCUGCAGCGCCACGACAACAUCGCCCACUUCCUGUCCGCCACCGAGAGGACCACCAGCGACGGCCGGCCCGAGUUCCUGAUCCUCAUGGAGUACUACCCACAUGGCUCUCUCUCUCAGUACUUGUCUCUGAACUCGGUGGACUGGUCGACGUGCUGCAGGAUGACUCUCGCUGUGACCAGAGGACUCGCCUUCCUGCACACGGAGCUCUACGGAGCAGACCAGUACAAACCAGCCGUGGCUCACAGAGACGUGACCAGCAGCAACGUCCUGGUCCGAGCCGAUCUGUCCUGCGUCCUCGCCGACUUCGGCCUGUCUGCGAGGCUCACAGGAAGUACGCCCUGUUGCCCCGGAAACGACAACACCAUGGCCAUAUCUGAGGUGGGGACCGUGCGGUACAUGGCUCCGGAGGUUUUGGGUGGAGCUCUGAAUCUUCAUGACUGCGAGUCUGCGUUGAAGCAGGUGGACGUUUACGCUCUGGGUCUGCUGUACUGGGAGAGCUUCAGGAGGUGUUCGGACCUGUUUCCAGGUGAGGCCGUACCUGAGUAUCAGCUAGCCUUCCAGGCGGAGCGCGGGAAUCAUCCGAGUUUGGAGGAGAUGCAGAUGCUCGUCUGCAGAGAGAAAUACCGACCCCAGUUUCCUGAAGCGUGGAAGGAGAACAGCCUGGUGUUGCGCUCCCUGAAGGAGACGAUGGAGGACUGCUGGGAUCAGGACGCUGAAGCUCGACUCACUGCUCAGUGUGCCGAAGAAAGACUGUCUGACCUCAGGGGUCUCGGCUGCCGGCCUCCUCAGGUUAGCUCCGCCUCCUCCAUCCUGGAGAAUCUCCCGGGAGACGGUUACCUAGCAGCCGUCCUCAACACAACCAGCAGCCAAUCAGAGAAGAACAGGAAGUCCAUCAACUACAGACGGCAGCAGAGUCACUCAGACGGCUCUGUUGCCAUGACGCCCGUCAACAUCCUCUGCAGCUCUGAGUCUGAACACACCGGUGGCGCUGUGGUCCCGGUCUGCCUGCAGCUGACAGAAGACGACCUGGAGGCCACGAAACUCAACCUGAAAGAGGUCGAUAAGAAUCUGAGAGAAAGUUCUGAAGAAAACUUGAUGGAGUGUUCCCAGAAACAGUUUGGUUCAAUAGAGCAACCAACGUCUAACCUGCUGUUCCAUCAGAUCCUACAAACUACUGAAGUGAACAGCGCGGUGGUGCCUCCUCAUGGUGAACGGGGUGGUGUUGGUGGGGUUAAUACCACUACCUCCUCUUUCAUCCACCCCCUUCCGAAACAGCAGAACCUGCCUCAGAGGCCCACCAACCUCCAACUCCUCUCUCAAUCCAAGGAGACCACUUCAGCCUCCUCUCACCUCAAGCUGGGGAAGCUCAAGUCGAACCAUAGACAGGUGGAAACGGGUGUUGCUAAGAUGAACACAGUAACAGUUGCCAUGGCUGCAGAACCCCAUUUGGUAACCAUGGUGUCCAACAACACCUGCACAAAAGGUAAUGACACAAGCGGAGACCGAGCCCACUUGACAGCGGUGGUCAUCAGUUCGAGGGUCUCCACCCUGGUGACAAAUGGUACGAUAGACGGUGGUCGAACCAAUCUAGGAGGGCCACAGGUUGAGGAAGAAGACAAGACAGAGGGAGGGAUGAGUGGUGGAGAGGACAGCCAUCUGAACCUGCUCAACUCUAGCCCUGAUGAACAUGAACCACUGCUAAGGAGGGAACAGCCGCCUGCCGAGAGCGAAGACCUGCCACAUCUGCAUCUCCAUCAGCAGCAGCAGCCACGAGCUGGGAACAUCCUGUCCGGACGAGGAUCAAACUCCAACAACAACAACAAUAGGCUCGUGUUAGGGACAGAGGUCAAGAUCCAGGAUAUAGAGGUUAAACCUGAAGAAAUUAGUAGUUCAGAGGUCGGUCAGGGUACAGGCACUACAUUAAGUAAGCAGAUCAGUGCAUCACCUGGUACUGCUCCAGUUUCAAGUCUGGAUAAUAAAAUCCUUCUCACUGAUCCAUCAGGACCAGCUUCACCUGGCAGAGCCCCCACACUGAAGACCCUUGCUGCAUUUGGUAACAGUCAAGGCCAGGAUAUACAUGUAUGUGUCCAGAAAGCCCCUGCUGCAGAACCUGUGUUGUUCCCUGGAUAUGCCCAAAACCCAAAUGAUCAUCUACUCUCCUCUGCUGCCACUGCCCAGGUCCUAGGCUGCAAGGAUCCAGAUUCUGGCCCAGGUCUACCCUCAGCAGAAACCGUAGAAGACACAAGAUCCCUAGCUGCACAAGCACAAGAUCCAGAAACCACUACUUCAUCUUCAAAAGUUUUGAAUACCCUAACCCUAGAUCCAAGAGUUGCAAUUCCAGAAAGUCUAGAUGCUAAGGCCUCAGAUUCAGAAGGCCGAGCUCUAGAGGCUCCAGACAUGAACCCAACCGCUUUACUACAAGUGGUUUCAGUGUCAGAACUUGAAGCUUUGGAAUCUCAGUGUUUAGGAACCCCAGCUCUUGCAGUUCCUGGUCCAGACACCUCAGCUCCAGAACCUGGAGCUCUACAAGGUCCACAAACUCAAGGUCUGUUGCAGCCCCAGAUGGCAGAGGCCAAGGCUAGGACGUCUGAGCGUCCCUGCUCCCUGGACCUGUCCUCAUCCUGCAUCUCAUCAGUUGAUUUGACAGAUAACAACAGCCUGAGCACUUCAGGAGAGAAAAUAAAACGUCGCGUUAAGACACCGUACACUCUGAAAAAAUGGCGUCCAGCCUCAUGGGCUAUUUCCACGGAAACAGCUGUCGACCCAGACUUCGAGUUCAGCAUCAGUAGCAGUAACAGCCACCACAUUACAUCUGGUCCUCAUGGAGCAGGAAGAAUUGGCAUUCCCAAAAUCAAGCAGUCAAAAUCCAGCAUGGCUGUCUUUUUAAUCGGAAGUGGAACCACGGCAACCACAACCUCUGAGCCCGAUGGAAUGACCUGCUUCUAA